AUGCAGUUUCAUGAUUCCAAUCCUUCCUGCCGUUUUGAUAGGUUUGUCUGUUCUCUCAGUAAAUUUUUUAUUCAGAGUAUUUUCUCUAGUUCUCUUGGUUUACUUACAAAAAAGUUUGUAGAGUUACUGAUGGGAUCGAAUGUACUUGACUUGAAUGAAGCAGCUGUAUUUCUUGAUGUACAAAAACGAAGAAUUUAUGACAUCACGAACGUGCUCGAGGGGCUUGGAAUAGUUACAAAAAAAUCCAAAAAUUACGUGGUAUGUAAACGUGAGAAUGUUGGAGGACUUCGAUAUCCUGCUCAAAGGAGUGUUACAAAGUUGUGUCCAAGAGAGCAAAGUGAGUUUGAGAAAAUCUUAGAUAAUCAAGUAGAAAGAAUGAGAGAGAUGCUUGAAAGUGUAUUUUUGUCUCCUGUCUUGCAGAGGAGCUUGUUUAUUGCAGAGAAAGACGUCAACUUUAUUCCAGAUUUUUCUGAAAAGAUUUUAAUCGCAAUUAGAGCACCACAUGGCGCCACACUUGUAGUUCCAGAUCCAAGUGGAAGUGUCAGUUCAAAGAGUGUAAAGCGCCAAUAUGAAAUUUUUCUGAAGUCUAACACUGGUAGUGUUGAAGUUUUCUUACUUUCAUCACAUAAAAGUCAGUAUGAGGGCGCUUUGCACAGAUCUGAGAUAAAUAUUGCAGAAGGUGAGUUGCUACAGAACGAACAAUGCUCAAGUAGUGUAGCUUUAGGUCUCAAUUGGAAAUUUAAUUGUGCAGGUUCGUUGCGAGGACUUCCCAUUCCUAAAUCCAGCAUCCCCCAACAAGACUGGUUUGCUCAUGAAAGGGACAUAAGAAUUAAUUUGUCUGAGAUGUAUACUCGUUAA